GGAGGCAGGGGGGACCAGCAUGCGAGCGCAGGGCUCCCCAACAGCGAGUGAGUGAAUGAAGGGCCCAAGCAAAAGGGAGGCCUCAGAUCAGACCAGGACGGGGCCGCAGAAAAGAGGGGCCGGAUGCCAGGGCCCACUGGGCUUGAAGUUGGCACACGGCGGCACCUGACUAGUGGGAGAAGCCUAGAGAUGCCCGGGGGUUCUGGGACCACCAGUGGUACCACUAGCAGGGAGAAGACAGCAUCUCAUAGGGUGGUGACAGGGACAGGUGCGGACAGACACGGUGGCCUGUGAUGACUUACUGCUUGGAGCACACUUGCCCCAUUUAGAUGUCCCAGAAUUGGUUUCCAUGGAGUCACCCCAUAACUGAGAGCAGAAACGGGGAUCACAAAAGACACAACCGGACCGUCUGUACCUGGUCACUAGCCACCUGGGAGCUUUCCUUCCCAGAUCUCGGGGCGGGGUGGGGGGAGCACAGACUUCCCGCCGCUCCCCUCCCGGAGAAGGCCUAAGGGGUGAAACUUCAGGUUCCUGAGCCUGGGAGUUCAGGCCGCCUGCACAGGAGGUGGGAAGAGGGGCAGGGGUGCGGACCAGCGCACCUCACUGAAGCCUUGCCUCUGCCUCCGCCCCACUGGCCACUUCCCCUGCCGGCCCUCAGUUCCUCUGCCUGUGGAAUGGGAGUAAUAACCUGCCCCCCGCAGGGUUGUCACAAGGAUCCAGCGCGAUAACAAGCGCCCGGCACACCGUACUGCAGUGUCAGGGGAAGCUGAUGGAGAAUCGUACUCUGGACCCAGGGACUCGGGACUCCUAUGGUGCCACCAGCCACCUCCCCAACAAGGGGGCCCUGGCAAAAGCCAAGAACAACUUCAAAGACCUGAUGUCCAAGCUGACGGAGGGCCAGUACGUGCUGUGCCGCUGGACAGAUGGACUGUAUUACCUCGGGAAGAUCAAGAGGGUCAGCAGUUCUAAGCAGAGCUGCCUUGUGACUUUUGAAGAUAAUUCCAAAUACUGGGUCCUCUGGAAGGACAUACAGCAUGCUGGCGUUCCAGGGGAGGAGCCCAAGUGCAACAUCUGUCUGGGGAAGACAUCGGGGCCGCUGAAUGAGAUCCUCAUCUGCGGGAAGUGUGGCCUGGGUUACCACCAGCAGUGCCACAUCCCCAGGGCGGGCAGUGCGGACCGUCCCCUGCUCACGCCGUGGUUCUGCCGCCGCUGCAUCUUCGCGCUGGCUGUGCGGAAAGGCGGCGCGCUCAAGAAGGGUGCCAUCGCCAGGACGCUGCAGGCCGUGAAGAUGGUGCUGUCCUACCAGCCCGAGGAGCUCGAGUGGGACUCGCCCCACCGCACCAACCAGCAGCAGUGCUACUGCUACUGCGGCGGGCCCGGAGAGUGGUACCUGCGGAUGCUGCAAUGCUACCGGUGCAGACAGUGGUUCCACGAGGCCUGCACGCAGUGCCUCAAUGAGCCCAUGAUGUUCGGGGACCGGUUCUACCUGUUUUUCUGCUCCGUGUGCAACCAGGGCCCCGAGUACAUCGAGCGGCUGCCCCUCCGAUGGGUGGAUGUGGUGCACCUGGCCCUCUACAACCUGGGGGUGCAGAGCAAGAAGAAGUACUUCGACUUUGAGGAGAUUCUGGCCUUUGUCAACCAUCACUGGGAGCUCCUGCAGCUCGGCAAGCUCACCAGCACCCCCGUGACGGACCGAGGACCACAUCUCCUCAACGCGCUGAACAGUUACAAAAGUCGGUUCCUGUGUGGCAAGGAGAUCAAGAAGAAGAAGUGCAUCUUCCGUCUGCGCAUCCGCGUGCCCCCCAACCCGCCUGGGAAGCUGCUGCCUGACAAGGGCCUGGUGCCCACGGAUGGCGGCGCCACCUCGGAGCUGCGCAAGAGAGGAAGGAGCAAGCCCGGUCUGUUGCCUCACGAGUUCCAGCAGCAGAAAAGGCGAGUUUAUAGAAGAAAAAGAUCAAAGUUUUUGCUGGAAGAUGCUAUUCCCAGUAGCGACUUUACCUCCGCCUGGAGCACCAACCACCACCUGGCCAGCAUCUUUGACUUCUCGCUGGAUGAAAUUCAGAGCUUAAAAAGACGUGGACUCCACGGACGCUGCCAGCACCUCGGGCUCGGCUUCCACCAGCCUGUCCUACGACUCCAGGCGGACGGUGGGCAGCCGCAAGAGGAAGCUGGCGGCCAAGGCGUACGUGCCGCUGCGGGCCAAGCGGCGGGCGGCCGAGCCGGGCGGACGCUGCCCCUCCGACAGCAGCGCAGAGGUGGCGUCGGGCCCCGAGCGGCCGGACGAGGGCAUCGACAGCCACACGUUCGAGAGCAUCAGCGAGGACGACUCGUCCCUGUCCCACCUCAAGUCCUCCAUCACCAACUACUUCGGCGCGGCCGGGCGCCUGGCCUGCGGGGAGAAGUACCAGGUGCUGGCGCGGAGGGUCACGCCCGAGGGCAAGGUCCAGUACCUGGUGGAGUGGGAGGGCACCACCCCCUACUGAGCAGCCCCGGGCGGCGGCUCCUCGGGCCCCCAGCCCCCAGACUGUUGACCCGUGACCCCGGCUCCACGACCCCCGCCCCGAGGCCGUCCUCCUCCUGUCCCGCCGUCCCCGCGCCUCUCUCCCACACGUGGGUGUGUUCACCACCUCCCCCGCAGGGCUGGCCUCCCCUGAUGUCCCCGGUGUCCCCGCACCUGACCCGGGCAUCAUGCUGGGAGAGCAAGGACCUCUAAGCACGGCCUUCCUGCCUGGCCCAGCCUGGCGGUGAGGGCACUUGACGCCCCCCUGCGACAGCCCACGUGGCGGGGACCCGGGGCCAGGGCCUCAGGCGUCAGGCUGGGUCUCUGCCUCAAAGGCGCCCACGCCGCAGCCCCGUCAGAGGCCGUGAGCUGCCGGGCCCGCAGGUGCUCCUCUCCCCGGCCUCGCACCCGCCGUGGCACUGGGGGUGCCUUGGAGACCCGCGGGCCAGGGAGGGAAGUGGGAGGCAGGGCGGCCGGGCCCCGCAACCCCCGCCAGCCUCCUGGCCCCCGGCCCAGCCCCGCCACACACGGCCACACAGAACGCACCCACAGACGCCGCCAUCACACGUGUGCUCUCACCCUCCGGGACCACCCCCCCCACACACACACAGACCAUGCACAUGCACCGUGCAGCAUACGUGUACACAUGCACACACCGUGCAGCAUGCACGUACACAAUGUACACACAGACCACACACCACGCGGCAUCGUGUACACACACACACACAAGCUCCCGCUCCCGCUCCCCCUGUGCCAGCCUGGUUCCUGCCCUCGGCUCUCCCGUGGCCUCUUCAGUGCUGCAACUAAAUGUGAAAGUCCAGCCUCUGCCCCUUCUUUCAGCCAUGAACGGCGGAGGCCCCGCACAGAGUGGAGCCCAGAGGACUCGUGGCCCCUUCCUAUCCCCUGCUGUGCCCUGAGAUUGACAAUCACUUUUUGGGACAGGUUGGGAUUUUUAACGGGCUUGCGUUACUCAGCGCUCUCCAAGGGAAGCCUCUGUCAGUGGGAGUAUAAAUAGAAUUCUUAGAACUGACGUUACAACUCAUCCCCAUCUGGAGGAAAACCAAAAAUGAGAAGAGGAGGGGACCCCUCAUUUUUGCUGCUUCCAGAGCUAUUAGAAGCGGACUCACAUGAUGGGAAAGUAGAAAGAAGUGCCUUCACGAGGGCAAGGGCGGACCAGCCGGGGGCCAGCCCUGCCAGCCGCUGCUGUGGCCUCCUCGGCCGAGCUCCGCAGGCUGCCAGCAGCAGGGCGAAGGUGGAUGAACGAGGGGUGGCGGGCCCGGGGAGCUGGUUUUUCCUUUGCUGGGCUCAGCCCCUCCCGACCUGCGAGCACCCGGGAGUCCGAGAUUGUUCAGAUGCCCCCGGCCUCAGACCUCAGUCCUCCAGUGCCUUCCACACGGGACCUCACCUCCUGCACGUGGCCCGCCCCCUUCCCUCCGCUUCCCUGGCGCGACCCAGGCAGGGAGCAGCUGGGGCGGGGCCCGUUCCCUCCCUUCUCAGCCCCACAGCUGCCGCCACUGAAGCCCCGAACUGGGGCCGGAUGGAAGGGGAGCUGAGAAGCCAGCCCCCAGGCCCAUAGGGGUGUGUGGGACCUCGGGAUCCAAUCUGUGGCUUCCUGCCUGGCUUCAGAGGGCACAGCCACCCCCCAGGCCUGCUUUCCAGGCUUCCGAGGAAGCGCAGGAUGAGCACGGCCCGCGCGGCCACUGCACCUUCUCUCCUCAAGCCCCAGGGAGGCUCUGGGCUCGAAGGGGGGCGCCGGGGCCUUCCUCACUUGGGAUGUCAGCCUAAGGCCUAGCAGGGCCACCCUGACUCCACAUCCCAGCAUUUCAUUCAUACCAGUUAAUAGCUGCAUUACUGCCAACUGACCUUAUAACCCUGUGCACCUUUGAAAAGAUUUAUGGUUUUGAAUUGCUGCUUUUAAUAACAUUUGUUAUAUUAAAGUUAUAAUUAAUGUGCCUGG